UUAUUGGAUAUAGUGCAUUUAACUUUGGAAGGGCAGUCAUUAUGCCGAAUUUGAAACCUCCAAUCACCACUACUGCUGCAGCUGUCGCAUAUCGGAAUUCCAUCAUGAAAGCAUUGGCUCCUAAUUCUCAUUUUAUGCCACUGAUGACACUGUAUUUAACAGAUACAACAAGUCCUCUUGAAAUUAAACAAGCCCGGCAGAGUGGGGUUGUAUAUGCUGUAAAGCUUUAUCCCGCUGGUGCUACAACAAAUUCUCAGGACGGCGUUACUGAUCUUUUUGGAAAAUGCAUGCCAGUUCUUGAGGAAAUGGUUGAGCAAGAUAUGCCUCUCCUGGUCCAUGGAGAGGUAACGAGCCCUGAGGUCGAUGUAUUUGAUCGAGAAAAGGUAUUUAUUGAAGCAGUUUUAGGGCCUUUGGUGCAAAGGCUUCCACAGUUGAAGAUUGUGAUGGAGCACGUCACCACCUUGGAUGCUGUGAAUUUUGUAGAAUCUUGUCGAGAAGGAUAUGUUGCAGCUACCAUCACUCCACAACAUCUUGUCCUAAACAGGAAUUCUUUGUUUCAAGGCGGGUUGCACCCACACAAUUACUGCCUUCCUGUACUUAAAAGAGAGAUCCACAGACAAGCUAUUGUGUCAGCUGUGACAAGUGGCAGU